GGGAAUUUGAAGAUAUACAGUGACUGCUUAUGUUCGAUCACAAGUGAUCCUUUGGUUGUUUUUGAUCAAUAAUAUUAUGGUGAUUCUUUUUAAUGUUUGGGCGAGACUAUGUUAGGGUUUUGAUGGAUUUGCUUAUGAAAUACUUGGACCCUUUUAUGUGGAAUGGAAGUAGCAGAGGGUUCAUGAUCGAGGUUUUGAUUCUGUUUGUCUUCCUAGUGGAUAGGGAAAAGUGUUGUAUAUUUUCUUGGACAAAAUAUAGAAUGGAUUGGCGAUUGUCUUAUUGUGAGAAGCGUCAGAUCUUGGCAAGAAGGGUUCUUGGGUUCAAUUUGACAUCUGAUCUUUUGUAUCUUUCCUUAUAGCAUGGACGUUAAGCAGGCAAGAGGCAGCAAAGACACAAUGGGAAAGUUUGUUUAUGCUGGGAGGUCCACACAAUUGGCUACCAGAAAAUCUCAAGUUUUGUCCGAAGAUCGACCAGGAAUUAACCCCUAUAAUGGCCCUAGGAACUCAUUAGUUUGGACUUCGAAGCAGUCUCGUGCAUCAGCUGAGGACCGACCGAGAAAAAGGCCUAAUUGUGACCGUACGAAUUCAGUGGUUUCAAGUAGCCGAGACAGUGAGUCAAAAUGUAAUAAUGCUCCAAAGACGCAAAGAAGGGUCUGUAAAUUCUGGAUCUCUGGCAAAUGCCUGAAAGGGGAAAAGUGCCGCUUUCUGCACUCAUGGUUUCAUGGUCAAGGAUUUGCCAUGUUGGCCACGCUCGAAGGACAUAAAAAGGCUAUCAAGGGGAUUGCUCUUCCUUCUCGCACUGAUAUCCUUUAUUCAGCCAGUAAGGAUGGUACUGCACGGAUGUGGGAUUGCCAUACUGGCCAGUGUACAAAAGUUAUUAAUUUUGAUGCUGAGGUUGGUUCUUUAAUCAAUGAGGGGCCAUGGGUUUUUGUUGGCAUUCCGAAUGCUAUCAAGGCCUGGAACACUCAGACAGGUGCAGAAUUCAAUCUGGAAGGACCAGUAGGUCAAGUUAAUGCCAUGUCUGUUGGCAACGAUAUGCUCUUUGCAGGAUCACAGGACGGAACCAUUUUGGUGUGGAAAGGCAAUACUGAAACCGAUCCAUUUAAAAGAGUUGCUUGUUUGAAAGGCCAUACUGGCCCUGUGGUAUGUCUACGUGUCGGAGGCCGAAGGCUGUUCUCAGAUCAAUGGAUAGUACAAUAAGGGUAUGUUGCUGACAUUAAGAAAAUUUCCUUUUUAUUUUCAUGUCAAGGGUGUAUAUAUCUUAAUUCGAUUAUACCUGCCAUGCACGCAGAAAGCAUAGUCAUUCCCUUGUAAACCUUUAUUAGAUAUCAAGUAAAUACGUUGUCUUUUCUGACCUUACGUGGCCUCCACUCCAUAGCUGCCUUUGUUAUCUGAUUUGAUAUGUGAUAUUCGCACAAAUUAUCCAUUUGAC